GACAUUGCAUUAAGGCAUUGACAAGAUUAUUAUCUUAAACCUCACAAACUAUGCAAUCUUUUUGUUUAUUUAUCUACCCAUUAAUCUUUAGGAGCUCAAUUUCAAAAAUUGUUUUUCAUCUUAUUACAUUUAAUUUUUAUAUGUACUUUUGAAUUAACUAAAGCAAGGCAUUGUUCGCACCACACUAAUGUUACUUAAAAUGUGAUUCCCGUUCCUCAAAAAAAAAAAAAAAAAAAAAAAAAAAAAAAAAAAAAAAAGGUGAUUUCCAAAAAUUACUACGGACUACAGAGUACAAUUUUUCACCUUCUCGGCUCCUCCCGCCUCCCGGUUCUCUUUCCUCCAUUGAAGCGACUACUCUGAAGCGAAUUGUGAGCUUUCUCUCCUCCAUUGAAGCUUAGUGGGUGGAAGCCUUAAUGGAAGGCAGUGGCGGAGCUAUAUGUGUGCACGCUGAGUCACGUGACUCAGCAGUGCAAAAAAAAAAAAAAAGUUUAAUUAAAAAAAAAAAAAAAAAAACGCGUCAUUCAACUCCCUCUCUCACAACCCUAAAGUCUCUAACUCCCUCUCUAACAACUCACAACCCUAACUCCUUCUCUCACAUCAACCAGCCGACCACCGACGCCGGAGUGCCAGACCAGCCACCAGCCCACUGUGUCGUUCACACGUACGCAUCAGGUCACCUCUUCACUCAAUCACUCCUUCAAGCCUUCAAGACAACAAGGCCUUCAAGCCUGCGGCCACGGUGCCACCGCCUUCGGAUCUACGGCGACCACCGAAUAAUUGACCGAAGCGACCAGUCGACCAUCGAAUGCUAUGAGCCUGUGACUUUCUAUUUUUAAUUUCCAAAUUUUAUCACCCUUUUUGUUUCGAAAUUAUUAUUCUUAAUACAAUUAGAAAGGGUGACUCACAAGCUCGGAAAUCCUGGAUCCGCCACUGAUGGAAGGUGAUGCGGCUGAUGCCAAAGGGGGGACAGAAAGCUUUCCAUCAACGGUGUAUGGUGAUGGUGUAUCUGUGCAAGAGUGUCAAAAUAUGAUCCAGAGAAGUUUGCGAACUCCCAUGGUGAAAUUUCUGAUGGAGAAUUUGGAAAAAUCAGGGUGUAGCAUUGGAGAUGGCUUCAUAAAAGCUGUUGAUUGUAAGCGGAAAAUUAGUGGUGGUUAUGUUCGUGGUGGAGGGAUAAUGGUAUGUAGUAAUUAUAUGAACAUGCAAGAUGAGGUCAACCAAGUUCUGAUUCAUGAGCUCAUUCAUGCUUAUGAUGAUUGUACAGCAAAAAACUUAAAUUGGGCUAAUUGUGCUCAUCAUGCUUGUAGUGAGAUUCGCGCUGGCCAUUUGAGUGGUGAUUGCCACUUCAAACGAGAGCUAUUGCGUGGCUAUAUGAAGCUCCGAGGUCAUGAACAAGAUUGUGUGAAGAGAAGAGUAAUGAAAUCAGUAAUGGCCAAUCCUCACUGCUCUGAAACAGCUGCCAAGGAUGCAAUGGAAGCUGUAUGGGAGACUUGUUACAAUGAUACACGACCCUUCGAUAGAGCUCCUUGAGAUACACUAGUUUUCUUAUAAGUGGCUUAUGUGUAAUGUUUGAAGCUGGUUACACAAAAUUUUGUUUCCAAACUUUAUAACAUUUGUUUACUUUUCUCUGAAACAAUCUUAAUUGUUGCACCACUUUAUAGUGGCUCUAUUUGAUAGGCAGUUCAAUUCGAAACAAUUAUACUGGAAUUUGUACGGGCAUGAAUCAAACAAAUAAAUCAGAAUUUUUUUUAGCAUGAUUUCAA